AUGGGAGCCCAAGCAGAGCAACACCCUAUUUCACUCGUGGCUUUUCCCUUGGCGUCCAACAGUGCUCAGCAUGCGCACACAGUUCACAUAUUCCUGUUGGCCGAUGAUUCUGAACGGGGAAGUGGUGGAGGACGUUCUCGGUCAACUGCAUCGCAAUGUGUAGGGGACUGUGUGGAGAAGGAAUAUCCCAACCGGGGUAAUACCUGUCUGGAGAAUGGAUCUUUCUUACUGAACUUUACAGGCUGUGCAGUGUGCAGUAAGUGGGAUUUUAUGCUGAUCACAAACAAAUCCCUAAAAGAGGAAGAUGGAGAAGAAACAGUCACCUAUGAUCAUCUGUGUAAGAACUGUCAUCAUGCAGUGGCCGGGCAUGAGUAUACAUUCAGUACCGUGGAUGAAUUCCAGGAGUAUACCAUGCUGUGUCUGUUAUGUGGCAUAGCUGAAGAUACUGUCAGUAUUCUCCCUGAUGACCCUCAGCAAAUGACUCUGCUAUUCUAA